UUGGCGAUCUCUCCUGCGACUGGAAUCGAAAAUCUGCGCUGCUACACAGCGAAGCAAAUAUCACAUUCACAUGCGACGCUUCGUACUCAUCGACCUCUGACUCUGCUACAGCUCAGCUAGCAACUCCUUCUCCUUUGAUUUGAUCUAAAAAGAAUGGCUUCUUCAGUGCUCUCUUUAACUCCACUCUCUCCUUCACCAUCAGCUUCGGUCUCUACGGAGGACUCUUUCAAGGGAAGAUGGAAGCUUCGCAGUUCAAGAUUGAGCUUCACCAAGGAGAAAGUCAACCUUUUUUCAAAUGCAAAAUCUUCUGGCCGAGUAUCUAUGGUUGUUGCUGUCAACGCUUCUCGGUUUGAGGGAGUGCCCAUGGCCCCGCCUGAUCCAAUCCUUGGAGUCUCAGAAGCAUUCAAAGCAGACACCAACGAUUUGAAGCUUAACCUUGGAGUCGGGGCCUAUCGAACUGAGGAACUUCAUCCUUACGUGCUUGAUGUCGUUAAGAAGGCGGAGGAUCUUAUGCUUAAGAGGGGAGAAAACAAAGAGUACCUUCCCAUUGAAGGUUUGGCCGCAUUCAAUAAGGCGACGGCAGAAUUAUUGUUUGGAGCAGAUAACCCAGUAAUCAAAGAACAAAGAGUUGCAACCGUUCAAGGACUUUCAGGAACAGGUUCUCUCCGUCUCGCUGCAGCUCUCAUUGAAAGAUAUUUUCCUGGGGCUAAAGUUUUGAUAUCAGCUCCAACCUGGGGCAAUCACAAGAAUAUUUUCAAUGAUGCAAGGGUACCCUGGUCUGAAUACCGAUACUACGAUCCAAAAACAGUUGGUUUGGAUUUUGAGGGGAUGAUAGCUGACAUUGAGGAAGCACCUGAAGGGUCUUUUGUGCUGCUUCAUGGCUGUGCUCACAACCCAACUGGUAUAGAUCCAACUCCCGAACAGUGGGAGAAAAUUGCCGAUGUCAUCCAAAAGAAGAACCUUAUACCAUUUUUUGAUGUUGCAUACCAGGGAUUUGCUAGUGGGAGCCUUGAUGCUGAUGCAUCAUCAGUGAGGUUGUUUGCUGCACGUGGCCUGGAAGUUUUGAUUGCUCAGUCUUAUAGUAAAAACUUGGGUCUCUAUUCAGAAAGGAUUGGAGCAAUGAAUGUUGUCUGCAGUUCAGCAGAUGCAGCAGCAAGGGUGAAAAGUCAACUGAAGAGGAUUGCUCGACCUAUGUACUCAAACCCUCCUAUUCACGGGGCAAGGAUUGUGGCUAAUGUGGUUGGGGAUCCAACUCUCUUUAAUGAAUGGAAAGCAGAGAUGGAAUUGAUGGCUGGAAGGAUAAAGAACGUAAGACAGAAAUUAUACGACAGCCUUAGUUCAAAAGACAAGAGUGGAAAGGAUUGGUCAUUUGUACUUGAGCAGAUUGGCAUGUUUUCAUUCACAGGCUUAAACAAAGCGCAGAGUGACAACAUGACCGACAAGUGGCAUGUGUACAUGACAAAGGAUGGAAGGAUAUCCUUGGCUGGCUUAUCUUUGGCCAAAUGCGAAUACCUUGCAGAUGCAAUCAUUGAUUCUUACCACAAUGUCAAUUGAUAAAGACUUCAACAAGCAAACCCAUACAAUUUUUUUGGUGAGCCUGUGAUGCCUAGAUCUGGUUUUUAUUAUAUGAUUACAUAAUAAUUGUAAUAAAGCAAAGCAUACUUGUUGAAUGUGGGAAUUUUCCUACCCCAAAUUCAGUGAAGCUGAGGAAGUCAAACCUGUUGUUCUCAAGAAAAUUUUGGAUAUUCAAUGAGAAUUAUCUAUUCUAAAUUCUUUA